AUCACUCGUACAGAAACAAAGCAAAGCAAAAGGAGGACAAGUUACGUCGUACUUCGUGAAUGUGAAUUUGAUUGAUUCUCGUAUAUAUUGCUCUUGAUUAAAAGAAGUUAAGUCGUGUACUUUUCAAACAUUUCUCAAAUUUGCUCUACAGUGGUGUAAAAACAAGUUCGAUUGAUUGAAAUUACUUUCGUACUCGCGAAAAUGGAAGUCUUUGGUAAUAGAAAUUUUCGUUUUUCUAUUGGAAGAAAUUGGAGCAAUCCUCCAGCAAACAAUAAUGUAAUGCGUAACGUAAUGGAUGAUUUAGCCUUGGCACAAAAUAUUCCAUUUCCACAUAUUGGAAAUAUGGGGCCUUUCAAUCACCAUCGGAUGAACAAUCAAAGACAGCCGAUGAACCUACGUGAACCCAAUCGCAGGUUUCGAGCAAGAUCCAAGCUUAGUGAAAUUCAUCGUACCAUCAGACGUCUUCGAAACAAAAUCCGUAAAGGUUUUGAUGAGAUGGAAAAUGCUCGAAUCGACUUACAAGAAGCGCGAAAAGGACUAGAAGAUUCGAAAAACGAUGUCUUAAUAUCGACCCAUGGCCUCCAGAAUAUAAUCCUCGAAGUCGAUAGAGUUUCAAAUUCCUUGCAAAAUCAAACCAUGCAAAUGAAUGAAUACGAAAGAAACGAAACUAGACGAGAUUUACAGGCUUUGAGACGAGAAGUCGAAGAUGCGCGACGUAACAUUCGCUAUGCUGAAGAUGAUUUAGAGGGAGAUGAUACGGAAGCUGCCAAAUUACGUUCCAGAAAUGCCACACAAAAUAAUGUGAAUUCCGAUCAAACAAGUUCCUCGAAUGGAGAAGUAUCUUCGAAUCAAGAACCUAACAAUAAUAAUCCUGAUGCAGAUCUGUGUUCCGUUUGUAUGGAAAAACCAAUCAACGCAGUGUUAUAUAAAUGUGGUCACAUGUGCAUGUGUUAUCAAUGCGCUUUUAAAUUGUAUCGUAACAGAAAUAGCCGUGGUCAGUGUCCAAUGUGUAGAGCUGUUAUAAGGGAUAUUAUAAGGGCGUACAAAUCGUAAUCAGAUGUAUUUUUUUCCCCCACUUAAUUACCUUCAGUACAAAUUUUAAGUUAAGUUGUGUAAAUUUUCUGCCAGUUUAAACUGUUAUAUUCUUAUAUUCAUUGUAAUCAAUAGCUUCCUUUUUUUUUUUUUUUUUUUUUUUUUAAAUACUUAUCUAAUACUAAUAAUGAUUGUUUUGGCUGAUUUCGUAAAGAAUAUAUUGUUAGUCAUUUUUUGAAUCAUCUCAUUUAAUGAUAGUAAUCGUCCAUAAUAAUGUUGAGUUACAUGCGAAUUGUUUCGUUAAAAAUUAUGCAUGAAUUAUUUAAGAUUUUGUAUAGUAUGAGUUGAAAACUUUACGAAGUAAUAAAGGUUAGUUAUUGUAGAGAA